AUGCGGCGACGGAAGUUCUAUGAGUGGAUGAACGGUCCCGGGAGGUCAAUGAAAGAUCCGCUGCCCAAUUCGACGAACUACCUUGGGGCCUACGACAAGUAUGGCAACCUGGUACGAGCUGGGCCAGGGUGGCGACGAAACGCAGCAGAUAAGGGCGGUGCAAAGGGGGAGCAGCCGGCAAUGAAGGCUGAAGAGGUCACCAAAGAUCCCGAGGCGGACCCAGACAAGGCGCCAGCGGGACAAGAAGAUCUAGACGAGUUGGAGGCUGCAAUCCGAGAAGGGGAGGCUGCAGAGAGAGAUGGAAAGAAGACGAAUAAAGAAGAGGAAGACGACAGCAAGCUGCCACCCGAAACCGCAGAAGAUUUGAGACCGUUCCCACUUAACCAAUACUUCCGGAGUCAACCAGUUCUAAGCGAAGACCUGCGAGAGGCUAUAUACCAACGCGUCAAGAAGGACGGAGCCACAGUAUCACUCGCCAGUGUGGAAUAUGGUGUCAGCAACGAGCGUGUCGGCGCCGUUGUGCGGUUGAAGCAGCUGGAGAAAGAAUGGAUAGCACAGGGCAAACACCUUGCUAUCCCCUACUCCAAAGCCGUUCUUGACAUGCUCCCUAUCACACCCUACGUCGACACUUCCAAACCUGAGAACAGGGGCAAACGCCCAAUCAUACACGAACCCAUCAACGACCUCAUUGUCCACCCCGCCACACGUCAACAGCUCUUCGUUCCUGUUUCUGAGUCACGGCACUUCACACGAGUGGAUGCUGGUAAAGCAUUCGAUAACAACCUGCUUCCUGCCGAUGAACGUAUCCCUCACCCCGAACUUGUCCUUGCUGAGCGCGAACUCGCUCAAGGCCUUAGCUUCGAAGAGCGCCGACGCCUAGCAGAAGAGCGCCUUGAAGCUGAAAACGCCGAGAAGCGCAAGAUCGAAGAGAAGAAGCAAGCAGAGCUUCGCGCACACAAGGUCGUUCCCAAGAGGCGGUGGGACUUUGUGUUUCAAGAUGUCAGCGUUGAUGCUGUCGGGCGGGAUGGAAGAAAACACACCGGUGUUGGAUGGCGAUAUGGUGUGCCGCACCAGGAUAGGAAGAAGGGACAGGUCAAGAUACCAACCAAGGUGGAGGCCUAG